GUCCUCCCGCCCUCUCGGCAGCGGGAUAACUGUGCUGAGCGGUGGAGAAUUUCCUGCUUCCCCUGGAGAAACCGACCCCUGUCCGUCAACUUCUCCUUUCCACAGUAUUGGCUGAACAGUGGGGAAGGUGAACUCGCUCCUGGAACUGCAGAUUAGAAUACAAUUAGACUAAGCAGUCCUCCGAACGGAGCGCAGGUGGUAGGACCGCCUUUGGGGUGGAUGGGCGGGUCUUCUUCUGGACCGCCAUCUAGAGCCAUCUGCGCUGACGGGGCUAUUUCGUGGCGGCCUUCUUGUUCGCAGUACGGGCGUAAUCUUUUCCUCUUCAGAGAGGUCUCGGACCGGAGGAGUAAAAUAGCUGAGUAAUCUUAAACGUGGUCUCCAAAAUGAAUUUCUUCCUGGAAACACUGAAAACUAUUUUUCUGUGUAUAUAUUAUCUGAUGGAUUUUUUUUUAUCGUUUAUCUAUGCACGGAAGAAAAAUGUUGCUGGUGAAAUAGUGCUUAUAACUGGAGCUGGAAGUGGAAUGGGAAGGCUGAUGGCUUUAAAAUUUGCUCAACUUGGAGCUACUUUAGUUCUUUGGGAUAUUAAUCUGGAAGGAAUCAAAGAAACAGCUAGAUUAGCCCGUAAAAUUGGGGCUGUGAGAGUACAUGACUACAUUUGUGAUUGCAGCAAAAGGCAAGAUGUCUAUCAAGUGGCAGGCCAGGUGAAAAAGGAAGUUGGCGAUGUUAGUAUCCUGAUUAAUAAUGCUGGCAUCAUAACAGGAAGGAUGUUUUUGGACACCCCGGAUAUGCUUCUAGAGAAGAGUAUUCAAGUGAACACAAUGGCACACUUCUGGACUGUCAAAGCAUUUGUUCCAGCCAUGGUAGCUUCUAAUCAUGGACAUGUGGUGACUAUUUCAAGUGCAGCUGGUUUUUAUGGUGUCAACAAAAUGGCAGAUUACUGUACAAGUAAAUUUGCAGUUCUGGGUUUUGCUGAAUCUCUAGCUUUAGAGAUGUUGGCAAUGAAAAAGAAUGGUGUUAAAUCUACAAUUGUCUGUCCAUAUCUAGUGAAUACUGGAAUGUUUGAAGGCUGUGAAACAAAGUGGUCUAACUUGCUGCCCAUUAUAGAUCCAGAAUAUGCUGUUGAAAGAAUUGUGUCUGGGAUACCGAAUGAACGAUAUAUCUUUAUACCACGAAGGCUACAGUUGUUUAACAUGAUAAAAAGCACUGUUCCUGCAAAAGCACUUGAUAUCCUUUAUGACUAUUUUGGAAUUUUAAAAGUUAUGAAUAGAUAAGGUCGGACAAAGAAGAUGGAUGAUCACAAAUAUCAGACAAAAUCAAUAAAACCUCCAGGUUCCCUUGACUAAUUAUAAAUUGAAAAGCCAAUAUAUAGAACUUCCAAUUUCAUUUUGUUGCUGAAAGGGUACACUUAAAACAACAAAUCUGGAAUAGCUUACUAGCAACAAGUUAAUAAUGGGAAAAGAAUAUGAAUAAUUUUAACUACAAAUGUUUUUACAAUUACCUAAAUAUAACUUAAUAGUGGUGCUUUAUUUUAAUAAAAAUUAUUUAGUUAUAGGGAACAAAUUACUUUUGGUGGACUGUUAGCGAAACAAGGAAAAUGUAAACUAAUGAUAUAAGGUGAAGAUGCUCAAGACCUAGUUGUCUAAUUACCCCCCAUUUGGCUCAGGAGAUUGUGGUUUUUCACUUUAGAUGAGAAGAGGAAGAAGUUCUUGUUAUCUCCCCCAAAAUGCCCAGGUAUUAUUUCAUAGUUAUGUUCUGUAUCCUAAUCCAGACUGACUACAACUGCCCACCUAGAAGUUGAAUGGGAACAUCUCAUGGGCUUUCCAGACCUUGCAGUAGAAAAAUGUUAGCUUCAAAGUACCCAGCCAUAACAAUAUUGUAUCAGCUAACUUGGCAUUUAGAUACAAAAUUAAGAGGCUUACAGCACUAGCAAAAUUUUUGAGUUCAAUUAUCGCUCAGAUUUUUCACAAUAUUUAUACCUCUGCUUGGAUAUACUCUGGUAAGAAUCACAGGCCUUUAUCUAAUUAAAUUAGCUAUUUUAAAAUACAAUUACUAAAAACACUAUUUUAAUAUUAGCAAAUUUUAAAUUGUGUAAUGAGCAGUCUCCAAUCAACAUUUUUUUAUUACACUCUGCACUUCAAGGACCAUCUAUUUCGAUGUGAAACUGUUUUUCUUGGAAACAGUUUAUGAACGUUUUGAUUCACUUCUCUUGCAAAAGUUUCUUAACGUGCUUUCUUUCAUUAAAAUGUUGUUUAUAAUUAUUAAAAUUAUAUUAUAGGAUCCAUCCUGAUGCAAAUGCUUCACAUGAAAAUUAUUGCACCUGUUCUUGUGAAAUAUAAAAUGCUUUGUCUUAUACCUCUAAUUUUAUUGCAUCCCAGCCAAAAAUGAAGUUGGUACCAUAGUUUUGUUUAUUCUAUUCCAGAUUAUGUAUGAGAGAUCAGGUAAUAGAUGUCAGUUGGGUCAACUGAUUGACUUCAAAUCUAUGAAGUAUAGGGGCAGAGUCUAAUGAAAAAUGCAGGGAGAGAGAGAAACCCACUACCAUCACCAUACCCAAAUGUUUAAAUUGCCAUAAAAUAUAACAGUGAAUUACCGUAUAUUUCCAGAAGCCUGUUUACUGUUUUAUGCAGCUUGAGUUAGUCCAUGAUAAAGUUUUAUCUUGAGUAUUUGAUAAAUCUAUGCAACUCUAACGUAGCAACCUUGUUAAGGUUAGGGCAGGAUUCAUAGGCCUGAAACUUCACUAGAAUAGAUCUCUUUCUGAAUUCGGCUUCUGAUCUGGGAAAAGAUCAAAUAAUUAUCAGAGAUUAGGCCUCCAAUUCACUACAUAGCCCUAAUACAGAGCAUAUAUAAUCUCUUUCACUUAAUCAGUAACUUUAGAUACCUUAGCUCAGGGGUGUCAAACUCGUGUCGCCACAUGACGCAUUGUGACUUUUUUCCUUUGCUAAACUGGGUCUGGAUGGUGGCCAGAGUGUGAUGCAUCUGGCCCGUGGGCUGCAAAUUUACCAUCGCUGCCGUAGCUGUAAAGUUAUUUCAUAUAAAUACAUAGUAAAAAUGACCAUCACAUGAUCAAUUUAUGCCAAGAAACCAGUUAGGUUUAUUAAUUAUUUGCUGGGUCUUAACUCCUACUUAUUUCGGUGUUGGCUGUUGAGAAUGAAUGUGUUCUGGUCUUUUGUUUAAGUUUUUAUUGUCUCUUUUGCAUAUUGUGUAAAUAGAUUUAUUUCUAUGUAUCAAUUGGUGGCUGAUCUGUUUUAAUUCCAAGCUUUCAGGAAUUCACAUCUUACAAUUAACACACUGUUACAACAACAUGGCAUCAUAGUAGCACACAAAGUAACUAAAACCUUUCAAACAUCUUAAAUAAAGCAAAAGAGACAACAGCCCGAGGCAACAAAAUAGGAGUCAUCUACAAUAUACAGUGUAAACAUUGUACAGACAAUGUUUAUGUAGGACACACAGACACAAGACUUCUCACUGGGAAACUGAACAUCCUAAACAAAGCUAAAUCCAAAACACUAGGGAAUUGGUGUCACUAGGCUAUUGGUGGAGGCUCUGGGGAAAGGCCAGAGCCGGGGAAUGGCGCAUUCCCCAACCCAAGCAAGGUGAGCAGGCAGAGGCCCCAGGGCGAGCCCAGGGAUGCUGGGGAGGAGGGGCGGCAAGCUCCGAGGACAAUGGGGGGAUUAGCACAAGUCGCAGGCUUACCUGUAGGCAGGAGAAGCCAGAUCAGGGCCACUCAGUUGGGGCACACAGACAUGCAUCGCAUGGGAAGGCAGCUUAAGCAGGCAACUUAGAGUAGAGACUGCGCAUGUGCAAGCGAGGACCCACACACAGUGAAGAGUGACUACGCCAUGUGACAUAUUGGGGCAUUUUUCUCCUUUCCUAAUCCAGACAUGGGCAUGGCCAGAGCAUAACACAUCCAAUCCAUGGGCUAGGAGUUUGACAGCCCUGCUCUAGAAUGAAGUGAUAAUAGAUUCAAGUCUAUUCUCAGAUGUGGAAUUUCACUAGGUAACAUAGUUGAUUUGCUACAGGGAAGCACAUUAGUAAAAGAAAUAAGAUUAUUAGCAAUAAAUCAAUUGUUUUGAAAAAAAUAUAUUUUGCAAUAUUUUUUUUCUGAAAUGACCACUGUAAAUGUGACCUGGCCCACUGGAGGCAGUGGAGUUAUUGACAAUUUUAAGUUUCUCUAGUUUACUAAAUGCAUGUUACUACUACUAGAGAACAAAAAUCUAAACUCCUUUAAUUAGAAGCAUGUGAUUGGCAAUAAAAGGAAGUAAUUGCAGCUUCAGAAACCAGGAAAAGAUGGAAGAAUGAAAAGAAUGUGUGUGUGUGUGUGUAUUCAUAAGUCUAAUGACAUUUCUUAUUUUCUAAAUUGUUUUAAUCUUAAAACUUGCCAGGAAAUAGGAGCUACUGAGACUUUGUUUUAUUAAAACAAUUUAUAUAGGCUGUCCAAUUCACAAUGACUUGGGAUUAUGUACAUUAAAAAGACAAUUUCAUCCACAUCCUCACCUACAAAUUUUCAAUAAUUUUAGAAUAAUUUACCUCACUGUACACUGUAAAAGUGUAACUUCAUGACUAAUGGCUUGAUAAAUAAAUAAUAUAUUUUAAUGUAUAGUACACAAAUAGAUUAAUAGACCUUUUCAGGUCUUUCUCUAUAAACAAUUGUUGCAUCUAGGAUAGUCAUCAAGUAAAAAACAGUGUUUUCUGUUAAGGUCAAUUCCAGAAAACUCAUGCAGUUUUCUUUACAAAAUAUAGAAAUUGGGGGGGGGGGGGGGAUCUAUUCUAUUUUUUCCUACCAAUCUCAAUUCUACAGCCUUUGUAUUCCAUAGAGACCUUCCAUCAAUUACAACCAGGCCAAUCUUAUUUAGCAUUUAGGAAUAUUACCUAGUUGUUAAACGGGCAUCAAAGCAACUUGAGUUGUAGUAAACUUUAUAAAUGCUUUUUAGUUUAGUAUUUAAACAUCAACAAUGCUGUGUACACGCCUUACUAUUUUUCCCAAUGUAUUACAUACAUCAAUAUAACAGUCAUAUUUCUAAUAGUAUCUGAAAUUACCUUAAUUAUCUAGAAGACAAAUAUAAUUACCAAUAACGAUUUAUUCUAGAAAAAAGAAUCGAGCCAUGUUUUUGUACUUGAAAGACUUAAUCAAUCCAAAUUCUUUCUAAGAUCAUGAACAGGCAAAUAAUAUAUUUAUAUUAAUAAUACAUUGAUAUAAUAAUUGUGUCAUAAAUCUCCCUACUCAUGCAGAAAUUCAAAUUACAGUAUUUCAAAUAAAUCCAUCUAGUUUGUUUCUAUAUCUGAAGAGAUGUAUAUCAGCUACUUUAGUUAAUUGAUUAAAAUGCAUUAUUUUCCAAGAUUGUCAGUUUUUGUUUUUCUGUAUCUUAAAUUCAUUUCACAAUAGCGUAUGUCUGUAAUAUAGUAAGAGAACAAAUCUUGAUCUUUUGUAAAUGACAUCCUCAGGUUUUGAAAAUCUCAUAUCUUCUCUAUCUGUAAUCUUAACGCUUCAUAUCUCCAGUAUAUUCAUAAAACUAAUAGACCCAUUUCAUCCACCAGACCUGAAAAAAUACUAUCUUGGGAGUGAAGGAUAUCGUAAAAAAACAAUUAAACUAUUUAUGAAUAUUUGUGGAUUCUGAAAAAUCCGCAAUGGAGUAUUUUAAAAGAUCAAGCCAACCAACAAUUUCACAUCAGUACUUAUUUUGCAGACAUUCUAAGAAUAGUUGAUAACUUGUCACUGCCCUCUAGUCACUUUUCAUCCUUAAUUCUCUGUAAUCCAAUUCUAUAUAAUGCCAUUUUGAAAAAUUGAAGAUUCAACAGUUAAACAGGGGCAGAAAACAUAAAUGUAAAAUCCAAACUUUUGUGUUGAACACAUGACCCACAUUAGUUGAGUUCAGGAUUAAGAUACAGUAAUAAACAAUUGUUUAUUUAAUAAUUUUACUAAAUAUGGGAAAAGUUUCAAUAUUGUCUGAAAUGUUGCUGUAAUUUUUCACAUUCUAAUUUCAGUAUAGCUGCCUAGGAAAUAAUGGAGAACUGUGUCUACUCAGCAUCAAAAAAACAUUUUUAAAAAGAAUCAUAAGACAUAUGUAUCACACUUAAAAUUCUUGUUUCAACACAAGU